UUGACAUAUUUUUAGUUCUGCGUACAUCAGCAAAAAAUCGCAAAAGCGCUUUUAAUUGCUUCCCACCUGCAAAUUUUUGUGCAUGAAAUGAUGAAUAAGGAUUAUGGCUGUCCGACUAACGUGAAAUGGGGGCGGAAAUUGAGUGGUGUAAAAGUGAAAGAGCUCGAGAAUCGAGAGGUCACGUUUUAUAGCUCAGCAAAGUGCGGAAGCAUUGACUUAUACCAGGAUGCUUGCGUCGUUGUGGCCAACUACAAGCAUAAGAACAAGAAGGGAGAUAUAGGCAAGAUUCUUCAUCUCUUUUGCGUGACUGACGAGGACUACAAGUAUGACCGGGCGAGGGUGAUUGUCCAGUGGUACUCCUGGGCAGACACUCUGAACAAAUUCGUCACGUCCAGUGUAAUAUUUGAGGAUCCCGAACGGGAGAUUGUGGAGGAUUGGCGCUCGUACGACAGCAACAUUUCUCUAGGCACGAUUUCCGGGACGUGUAACAUCAUUCACAUUCCGGAGGACAUGUCUGUCCACUCCCUCUUGGCGGACAAUCCCUCACUGCGUGACACGGAGACGCUCACGUACAUCUGUCGGUACAAGUUAGUCAGGAGAACGGCGAAACAGUACGAGCUGGUGCCUUACUUGAACGACUACAGCUCAAAGAGAAGUGGGAAACUGUCGGAAAUCACUCCGCAUACAAAUCCCGAGAGAAAACAGUCUAUCUUAGCGAGGAAAACCGUGUCGCCGAUCAAAAUCGUGGGCAGAAGUGUUGUGAGGCAGUCCACUUCCAAGUCUGUCAAGAGGGAAACACUGGACAGUGAGUCAAGUGAUGCUGAGAACGAGUCGCCUAACAAACGAAGAAACUCCGACGAUCCUCUCGGCACUCCGCGGAAGAGAUCUUCGCUGAACACGUCUCGAGUGCGCAGGAAUCUCAACGACAGUCUCAAUCAGUCUGAGGACUUUGACACCUUAAACUACUCCAUCGUCAAUGUGGAGAAUGAUGCUCUGAAAGUGCGUCUUAGAGUGUCUGAAAGGCAAAAGACAGUACCAAAAUCACCCAGGAAGCGUUCUCCGCAGGAAGAAUUGAAAACUUCCCCGAGAAAGUCACGCAAGAGCAUCGCAGCAACUCCUGCCGUGCGCAAGAGUAUUCUCAGGACGCCAUCGUCGAAGCUUAACAAUGCGACACCCAGGAAAAGCAUCGUUUUCUCAGACAUCCCACAGGAGAGCUCCUCGGCGAGGCCCUCAAGACUGUGUACAAGGCGUCAGACAAUCGGAUUCUACUGCGAUGCUGGGGAUUCUCCUGAGCUCAGGACGCCUCGUGGUGCGAAAGCAGUCAAAACUCCUUCGACGCCAAAAUCAGCAGUGACGCCAAAAGCCUCAAGAACAACGACUCCCAGUCAAAAGAUGAAGAUGCUGCGCGAGGGAGUAAUCUCGUCAACAGUUGGGAAUCGCGAGGGGCCUGUGAAGGGCAGGAAAUCGCAGCUGGAGAUCGCUAGGGAUCAACUGCACGUGUCAACAGUACCGAAAAGUCUCCCGUGCAGGGAGAAUGAGUUCAAGGACAUUUUCCAGUUCCUCGAAGGCAAGAUCAAGGACGGCUGUGGAGGAUGCAUGUACAUUUCCGGGGUUCCGGGCACCGGAAAGACUGCCACAGUGACUGAAGUGAUCCGUUGUCUUCAGGCGAAUGCAGAGAAGAAGAAAUUGCCGCAGUUUGACUACUUGGAGAUCAACGGAAUGCGCCUCACGGAGCCAAGACAGGCGUAUGUGCACAUAUAUCGACAGUUGCAGGGCAAGACGGUGCCCUGGAUGCAGGCGUACAAUUUCCUGGAGAAGCGAUUCCGCGGUGGAGCGACCAAGAAGGGUGUCACUGUACUCGUGGUGGAUGAACUGGAUAUGCUUUGCAACAGACGCCAGGAUGUCGUGUACAAUUUGCUGGAUUGGCCGUCAAGCAGGACGGCGCAUCUGGUUGUGGUGACCAUCGCCAACACCAUGGAUCUGCCCGAGAGACUGCUCAAGGGCAAGGUGACAUCGAGACUCGGUCUCACGCGGCUCACCUUCAAGCCCUACUCCUUCCGGCAGCUGCAGCAGAUCGUCACGUCGCGCCUCACGGGCUUCGACGCCUUCAACGGCGACGCCAUGCAGUUGGUGGCCAGGAAAGUGGCUGCCGUGUCAGGAGAUGCGCGCAGAACGUUGGACAUUUGCCGGAGAGCUGUUGAAAUCGCCGAGAGAGGUGGAAAAGACGUGGUGGCGAUGAAUCACGUGGAACAGGCGCUGGCGGAGAUGAUUGCCAAUCCCAAAGUUCAGGCCAUCAAGGCGUGCUCGAAGAUGGAGCAAUUCUUCCUGCAAGCCGUCAUAGCUGAGAGUCUCAGAACGGGCGUCGAGGAGACCACCUUCAUGGGCGUCUAUGCCCAAUUCCAGACAAUCAUCUCCAUCACCGGCCAUUUGACGCCCACAGUGAGCAGGAGUCUGGAGAUUUGCAGUCGCCUGGGAGCCUAUCGUCUCCUCAUUGGACAGCACAGCAGCACAGAUCUCGCCCAAAAAGUCCUGCUGAAUGUAAGUCCCGACGAUGUCCAUUAUGCCCUUCAGGACAAGACCGCCUAAUUCCACAAUUCAUAGUUGAAUUUUACACAUUUAACCAAUUCUAUAGAGUGUUGUUUGAUUGUUUUAAAAUGAAUAAAGUGCGAUC